GUGUUGUUUCUGCCCGCAGAACAAGCAGGUGUCUCGGAGGUCUGGGCCGACUAUCAGCGCAGCUCGGUCGCCGCAUUUUCGAGUUCAGGCACCAGGGUGGGCCGGACUGCAUUUCCCAGGGGCCUUGGCGCGCACUUCCGCUUCCGGCCCCUUUGUCUGGACAUGGUCUGCGCACGGCGAGCGUGUUCCCUCGCCAUCAACCUUUGCUGUGACCUGACCCACGUCUGGUCUGGGGAGGAGCAGACGCCGGACAGGGGUGUGUGUCCAGCAGGGGAUUGUCAGACUUGGGGGCCUGGUCGCGUCCCACUGGGUUUCUCCCCGGGCCUGCUGAUCUGACCGUAAUCCCCUCUGCUGGAGGCUGGGUGGUGCCCUUCUGCGUUCAGCCCCCUUGAUCCUGCCCCUCUGCUCUGGGUUUUGUGUGUACCUGACAGUGGUGUGUGCGCGGGUUUAAUAUCUGAGACACCGGGUCCUUUCCUCGGAAACUGGCUGAGGGUCCGCACAGCCUGAAGCGCUUGGCUGGAAGGUGAGGCAGUUUGGGCGCAAGGCUCCCAGUGCUUGGGUCAGGUUAGAGACCCACGCGUGUGCGCCCCUGUGUUCCUGCAACCCGCAGUGUGAUGAACCAUUGUAUAGACUCACUUAACGUGGGAGGGCGUGGAUGCAAGAGAUCCGUUCGUCUACGUUGCCAGAAAGGGAUACUGCUCGGGGAUGUGACCCUAGGCAAGUCACUGGACUCGGUGCCUCCUGUUCCUUAUUUGUCAAAUGAGGUUUACUGUUCCUACCUUAAGUGGUGGUUGUGAGGAUUAAGUGGAAUUCUGAUAUAAAACAGUUGACACAGUGCCAGGCACCAACUAAGGGCUCAGUCAAUAGCAGUGAUUAUUAAUGGUAGGCAUCCACCUCCACAUUUGUACGUAAAAAGAAACUGAAACAUAGGGAGGAAAAGUAACUUGCUCUGGGUCACCCAGCCAACUGGCACAUAGUACAAAUUAGAACCCGAGGGGCCUCACUCCUAGCAAGGCACUUUCCACCAGGGUCCACACUUGGCACUUGCGUAUCCAUCAGGCAUGUUGGUGACAGUAUCUUCACCUGUUGUCUGUUAUUGUGUUCCUGGGUGUCUGUCUCUGCAGGGCCCUGGGGUAAAGGCUAUGUUGAGAUUUGCCUGUGUUUAGGGCUUCCUGAAGACUGAAGGACUGCUGACGUUCUUGACUUUAGCCUUAGCUCAGAAGAUACUGCUUCAGACUCUGAUUACUGUUGUGAGUGGAGUCUCAGAAAAUGAGAAAAGAAAUACAGUGAAAAAGGAGAAAAAUUCAAAUGCAGAAUCUCUUGCCAGAGUUUCUGGGAGAAUGCUGGCAAUUCCCAGGAAGAGACAUGGAAUAGUUGGGUGAGGUUGCUACACCCAAAUGGUGGUGCCAAGGCUGUGGCUGUAGAGGCUUGGACCCACAAACUUCAGAACAGAGGUAAGAUAUACAAGUGAGAGAGGGUUCUGCCAUUAGCUGGGUACCGACAGUGUGCAUGCAUAAUCUCAUUUUAGUUUCUCCUUAUAGCAGCCUUGUAAAAUAUGUGGGCAGCUCUGAGACCUUGGGCAGGUGAUCAGUUUCUUCAUUUGUAAAAGGUGCUUUAUAGAAAACACGUGGCACAUGGUGAGUGCUUGAUAUGUAGUAGUGAUUUUACUAAUAUCGUUCCAUUUUUACUUGAAGCUCCAAGAAAGUAAGACAUCUCAUCCUCCAUACUCUUGCCAUUUCACCAGAUGCCUCUCCGGAGAAGAAGGAGAGAAGGAAAGGAGAAGGAAAUGGGCGUGGAGAAGCUGAUGAUUUGACUUGGCAUCAGAGCACUUGGGAGGGCUCGGGUGCAGAGCUGGGACCUGCAUCAGCAGGGUCCAAGGCCUUGCUGCCCAGUUCUGGCGGGGUUGGGAACUGCUCCCUGUUUUCCUUUCAGUUCCCUCUUUAGAAGUGUUCUUUCUUAAGGGAAUACAGAUGGAUGGCCAAGAUUAGAAGGGGCUUCCAUAGUCUAUCCCAGGUCUGUUUGGCUUUCCCCAGCCUCAGCCUCUCUGAGUUCCUAAGACCCUAGUCUUCAUUGAUUGUUAGAGUUCAGUACAGGGAGGGGGCAGCCAUCUUGGGGAAGGGGCGUGCCUGGGAGUAUGAUCAAACAUUGAUUAUACCUUUUGUUUGCAUAAAACAAAGGAUAGAAGGAAAACCCAUUAAAAUCUUGGGUGGUGUUGAUGUGUCGAAAAUAGUGAGAAUGCUAAUUAACUGAUAAUUGAAUGACCUUUACUGAGUGCUUAUUCUGUACCAGGUAUUGAUUUGGGCCCUUUAUAUGCAUUGAUUUGGGUCCUUUAUAUGCAUUAAUGCACAAUGCUGGAGGUAGGUAUGUCUAUUAUCCUAUUUUUCAAACGAGAAAACUGAAGCACAGAAGAAACUGGCCUGUGGUCAUGCGGAGCCAUGUUAAAAGCAGGCAGGAGGACUCUGGAGGCAAUGUUCAGUGAGAAAGCGGUGCAGGUGGCAUAGAUUUUUAAAAAUUGUGAAACCCUGUACUGCUUAUAAUGACUGAGGACGUGAAAUACCUACUUCUUCCCCAAACAAAUCCCUAAGAGGCUGUAAGUAUUGCUUUUGGGAGUGGGGGAGGGGGAGAAUUAAAGAAAUAAUAAACUAUAGAAUAUUGGGAAAACACAGAACUAUACAUGGAAUAAAAUAAAUAGCAUGUAACUCUAACACCCAGAGACAAGCUCAAAGAAGUACUCAAAGUUAAUAUAUCAGCAGUUUUCUUCCUAGAGGCAAAAAAUCAAAAUGGGAAAGUAAAUUGUGAGCAGAAGUUUGCUUGAUGGGUGUGGAAUCAGACAAAGGGAGGUAGGUGGAUUGUUCAUUAAUUCGCUUACAACACCUUGAGCUUAUUGCCUGCCAGGCACACUCUGCUGAGUGCUGAGGGUACGGGGGGAAUGAGAUGACACACUGCAAUUUAGUGGAUCAGGUGUGUGGUGGAACCAACCUGGGAAGGCUGCAGACUUACUGUGGGCCUGGAAUGCUCGUGAUCUGGUGGCCGAAGGUCCCUGUGCCCUUGAUUGCUGGGAAGGGCACUGCCUCCGUGGCUCCUUUUUCUUGUGCUGUGAAGUUGUACAGUUUCUCCAUUUGUGAAUCAAGGAUUUGAGGCUAGAAUUCUUUGUUUUCUUCCAAUCCUGACAGUCUGUGCCUUUUCUUUGGUCACGGGGAUCCUCAUUCUCAGAGCACAGGCUCAGGCAUAUCCUGAAACCACUUAAUGGUCAUUUCUUUCCCUGAGUUUACAUUCAGUCUCCUCUGAAGUUAUCUUUGAAGCCUCAUUACUUAGAUGUCUGUGGAAUCCUUCAAACCAUAGGACAACCAAGGCUAGAGGCUGCUCUUCUCCAGACAGCAAAGUCCCAGCCAUCCAGAAGGAGAAAGAGAAAACAACAUGGAGGAAUGUAUGUGAGUCAGGCAUGGAAAUGGCACGCCUCACUUCUGCUUGCAUUCCGUUGGCUAGAACUCAGUCAUGUGGCCACAUCUAACUGCAAAGCAGUUUGGGAAAUGUUUGCCUACCUAGAAAGAGGGUGUUUCAGGGCUUUGUGUUGUUCAAAGGUGUGGCUGUGAACUUCACUGAGGAAGAAUGGAGAGAACUGGACCCUGCGCAGAGAGUCCUGUACAGGGAUGUGAUGCUAGAGAACUAUAGGAACCUGGUCUCCUUGGGAUUUCCAUUUUCUAAACCUGGUAUCAUCUCCCGAUUGGAACAAGUGGUAAACCCAUGGAUGCAGGAGGGAGAAGUGCUAAGCAGCAGCUGUACAUACUUGGAGACCAGAAAGUCAAAACCAAAGAAAGUGUUUUCUGAAAAGGAAUCAUACCAGAGGAUAAAUAUGGAGAGAAGCACAGAGGCUGAUGCAAGGACCUCCAGUCUGAAAGAGGCCUGGGGAUGUACACAGAUCAAAGAGGGUGCUCAAGAUAGACUCUGCAAAGAAGCAACAGUUAUCUGCAAGAAAAGAACUUCAAUAGCAGAUAGUAGCCCCAAAUAUAUUGAAUUUGCCAGACAUGUUAGUCUGAAGUCAGACUUUGUUAUACAACCAAGACAUUCUAAAGAAGAGAGACCUUAUACAUAUGAUGCUCAGGGAAAGAGCUUCAAACAGAAUUCAAAAUUAGCCAGACAUCAGAAAGACAGCACAAAUGAAAAAGCUCUUCAGUGUAAUGAAUGUGGUAAAAUCUUCAGUGAUUACUCAGUUUAUAUUCAACAUUGUAUAGUGCAUACUGGAGAGAAAGAUUUGGAAUGUAAUCAGUAUGAGAAGGCCUUUGGUCAUGGUGUACACCACACUGAACAUCAGAAAACUAAUAUUGGAGAGAAGUCUUAUGAAGCUAGGAAAGCCUAUAAGUGGAACUCCUAUCUUAUCAAACAUCAUCAGAGUUUUCAUAGUGGGAAGGAAUAUAAUGUGCAUGAAAGAGCCUCAAUUCAGAAUACACCAUUUAUUCAACAUCAGAGAAUCCAGAAUAGAGAAAAACCUUAUGAAUGUAGUGAAUGUAGAAAAACUUUCAGUAAUUAUUCAGCCCUUACAGUACAUCAGAGAAUUCAUACUGGAGAGAAACCAUAUGAAUGCAAUGAAUGUGGGAAAGCCUUUAAUCACACGUCAUCUCUUAUUCAACACCAGAGAAUCCAUAUAGGAGAGAAACCCCACAAAUGUAAUGAAUGUGGGAAGGCUUUUAUUCAGAUAAUGCACUUUAUUCAACACCAGUGGAUUCAUACUGGAGAGAAACCCUAUGAAUGUAAUGAAUGUGGUAAAGCCUUCAGUCACAAUUCAUUCCGUAUUGAACAUCAGUUUAUUCAUACUGGAGAGAAGCCCUAUGAAUGCAAUGAAUGUGGGAAAGCCUUUAGUCACAACUCUUCCCUUAUUGUCCAUCAGUUUAUUCACACUGGAGAGAAACCCUAUGAAUGUAAUGAAUGUGGCAAGGUCUUCAGUCAGAGCUCACACUUCUAUCAACAUCAGAGAACUCACACUGGAGAGAAACCUUAUACCUGUAAUGACUGUGGGAAAGCCUUUAGUGAUCGAUCAGCCCUUAUUCGACAUCACAGGACUCAUACUGGAGAAAAACCCUACAAGUGUGAAGAAUGUGGUAAAGCCUUCAGUCAGAGCUCAACUCUCAUAAAACAUACAAAAAUACACACUGGAGAGAAACCCUACACCUGUAAAGAUUGUGGGAAAGCCUUCAGCCAGAGUUCAUCCCUUACUCAGCAUCAGAGGGUUCAUACUGGAGAGAAACCAUUUGAAUGUCAUGAGUGUGGGAAAGCUUUCAGUAGAAGUGCCCAUCUUACUCAGCAUCAGAGGAUUCACACGGGAGAGAAACCUUGUGAGUGUAAUGAAUGUGGCAGGGCUUUCAGGUGUAGUUCAGCUUUCAUUAGGCAUCAGAGACUUCACAGUGGAGAGUCACUCUGAAUAUGUGGACAUAUUCAUUCAGACACUUCACUUUGUUAAAUACCAAAGAAUCAUACUUUCACAGGUUGUUACAAUUGUGAUACUUUUUUAUUUUGAGGGAUGAAAAUGCCCUCCCCCCAUUUUCUCCUGAAAAGUAUCAGCUGCCAGAAUACCACAAAUCCAAGUGAAGAAACACUGAUCUGAAAUCUGAAAUAGCCCAAGAUACUCUAAACAUCAA